UAUUUUAACUGAACCAUACACAGUUCAGCUAGCAACUGCACGUUUCGCGCGUGUUUUUGUGUGGUGCUUUGUAGUCAAAUGUAUUAUAAUUAUUCUGAAUUGAGAUCCUGAUACAAAAUGUUGACUACAGUGUUAGGGCUAAUUUUUUUGGCCGGUUGUGUAAUCGCGUGGCGUUGGAGAAACAGUAACAAUGAUGAGCCAGUAGUCAUCAACGGAUACUUCCCUAUCAUAGGUCACGCACACGUAUUGUUUGUAGCCGAUUAUAUACAAUAUUGGGUCUAUUUCUUAGAAUCCACAUGGGAAAGCAUGAAGGCAGGAGGGGUCGCACGUUGUUUCAUUGGACCUCGGACAGUUUACAAUAUAUCAGACCCGGACGAUUUUAUGACGGUCGCAAAUAAUUGCUUAGACAGAGAUUAUUUUUACCAAUUCGCAAAACCUUGGCUUGGAGAAGGGCUUGUUACGAGUAACAGGGUUGUCUGGACGGAACAUCGCAAGUUGCUGGACGCAGCGUGCCACCAGAAUGUACUCGAUGGUUUCUUGGAUGUAUUCAACCGGCAGGCACGACGUUUAGUCGAGGAACUGCAACUGGAAGUUGGCAGAGGACCAUUCGAUGCUUUUACUUACACUCGGAGAAAUGCACUGGAAACAUCAUGUUUGACAAUUUUUGGUGUGGACCCCAAAGACAAAUGUUUGUCCUACGACAAUUACAUUGAAGGAAUGGAGCAAAUGUUCAGCAUCAUAGAGUACAGGGCUCACAGGCCCUGGCUGCACUUAGACUGUAUAUAUAACUGGUCGCCGAUGAAGAGGAAGGAGGAGAAAUGUCUGAAGACACUGCACCAGUUCUCGUCCACUAUUUUGAAAAAGAAAAAAGCAGAGUACCUUGAAAAUAGAAGUGACAAAAACAAUGAAGAGAGAUUGAAUGGACAAAAACUAAACUCAUUCAUGGAACUUUUUAUUGAACUUGCAAUGGAAAAUGGAACAUUCAACGAGCAAGAAAUAAGAGAACAUGUAGACACUUUGAUGUUCAGUGGUCACGACAUGAUAGCGAGCGUGCUGUUGUAUACUGUGCUGUUGGUGGGGUCUUGCCCUAAUGUUCAAAAUAAAGUUUUUGAAGAAUUGGAUAAUAUAUUUACUAAUGAUGACAGAGACGUGACGAAGCAAGAUCUGUCACAGAUGACGUACCUGGAUGCUGUGAUAAAGGAGAGCAUGCGCAUUUAUCCCGUUGUACCCUUCGUUACACGACAUAUCGAUAAAAACACCAAGCUGAAAAACUGCACACUAUCGAAAGGUGCAUCGUGUGUUCUGUCAAUCUAUGGGGCCAACAGGCACAGCGUGUGGGGUCCAUAUGCUGAGAGAUUUAAGCCUGAACGUUGGAUGGACCCCUCAAGUUCGCCGGAGUAUGCGUUUGCUAGUUUCGGUGUUGGAAGAAGAACUUGUUUAGGAAAAUCGUACUCUUUGAUGUGCUUGAAGACAACGCUGGCCCACAUAUUCCGAAGCUACAGGGUGUCCGGAGAUCACAACCAGAUGUUAGCCAAGUUGGACAUUAUGCUGAGACCAGUAUCGGGACACCAUGUGUCAAUUGAAAUGAGAAAGUAAUACAGUAAAAGUGGGAAUCGAACCCACGCCCUUGGACGCAGAAGUCCAAUAACUUUGCUUUGUUGUAAGCAAACAAUAACUUUGUUUUGUUGUAAUUUCGUAAAAUUGAAGCUGUUAUGUUACGAAUACGUAUUUUAUGUCAUUUUAGUUACUUUAUUAUAAUUACUUUGUACCUUACUUUAUAAUUUUAUGUGUUUUUAUUAUAAAUACAAAGAUUUCUAUAUAAAUAAAUGGGUAUUUACUAUUAAAUUCAUUGUGUAAAUAAUGUUGAAA